CCCCCCUACACUGAUCUGCAAUGCUGUGCGGGUGCCCACUUGACACCAGCUGGGCAGCGCUCCACUCCUGGUACCCAAGCCUUGGAUGCUGCUGAUCCGGAGGAUGGAGCUGUCCUAGGUCUGAGCUGACCUGCUCUCUUGGCUUCUGAAAGGGAAUGACAAUUUGGACUGAUUUUGAAGAUCUACAUAGAUGGUCGUUGGUCCAGGAAGGACGAAUUUUUAAUGGUGGGAAGUAGUGCAUGGAGAGUUAUCAAACAAGGCAUAGAAAGUUGAUCGCUUUGAAAACAUUUUCCUUCACCAUGCUCUCCUCUCUAGUAUAAUUUGUAUUCUAAAAUGCUGCCUUACAUUUUGACGGUGCUGCUGGUUUUAAAGGAGGAUGGAUCUGGGAUUUCAGCAUCGGCACAAACAAAUGAAAGACGUGUGGUGGCCCAUAUGUCAGGGGACAUCAUUAUUGGGGCUCUCUUUUCAGUUCAUCACCAGCCUACAGUUGAGAAGGUUCAUGAAAGGAAAUGUGGAGAGAUAAGAGAGCAGUAUGGUAUUCAACGAGUGGAAGCCAUGUUGCACGCUCUUGACAGAAUCAAUGCUGAUCCCAACCUUUUGCCAAACAUAACCCUCGGAUGUGAAAUACGCGAUUCUUGCUGGCAUUCUGCUGUAGCUUUGGAACAGAGUAUUGAAUUUAUUAGGGACUCAUUGGUCUCUUCUGAGGAAGAGGAAGGGCUGGUCCGUUGUGUUGAUGGAUCUUCUUCGGCAUUCCAUGCAAAGAAGCCCAUCGUUGGAGUUAUAGGGCCUGGAUCCAGCUCAGUGGCCAUUCAAGUCCAGAAUUUGUUACAACUUUUCAAUAUACCUCAGAUUGCUUAUUCGGCCACAAGCAUGGAUCUAAGCGACAAGACCUUGUAUAAGUAUUUCAUGAGGGUAGUUCCUUCUGACGCUCAACAAGCAAGAGCCAUGGUGGAUAUUGUCAAAAGGUACAACUGGACGUAUGUGUCUGCUGUGCACACUGAAGGUAACUAUGGGGAAAGAGGGAUGGAAGCAUUUAAAGACAUGUCAGCCAAGGAUGGUGUCUGCAUCGCCCAUUCGUACAAGAUCUACAGUAAUGCCGGGGAGCAGAACUUUGACAAGCUGUUGAAAAAGCUGCGGAGUCACCUUCCCAAAGCCAGGGUGGUUGUCUGCUUCUGCGAAGGAAUGACAGUGCGAGGACUGCUAAUGGCAAUGAGACGUCAGGGGAUAGUCGGGGAGUUCCUUCUUUUGGGCAGUGACGGCUGGGCAGACAGGUACGAUGUGACAGACAGUUAUCAGCGCGAGGCUGCCGGAGGAAUGACCAUCAAGCUGCAGUCCCCUGAUGUGAAAUGGUUCGAUGAAUAUUACCUGCAGCUCAAGCCGGAGACCAACCUGCGCAACCCCUGGUUUCAGGAGUUCUGGCAAAACAAGUUCAAGUGUCAAUUAAAGGGAUAUCCGCAGGACAGCCAGAUCUACAACAAGACCUGCAGCGCUCGGCUUUCUUUGACGUAUCAGUAUGCUCAAGAUUCCAAGAUGGGCUUUGUCAUCAAUGCCAUUUAUGCCAUGGCGUAUGGUCUCCACAACAUGCAGGUGGCCUUGUGUCCAGGAUAUGCCGGCCUUUGUGAUGCCAUGAAACCCAUAGAUGGGGAGAAGCUUCUGGACUGUCUCAUGAGAGUUAAUUUCACAGGUGUGGCUGAUGACGUCAUCAGGUUCGAUGAGAAUGGCGACUCACCUGGAAGGUAUGAGAUCAUGAAUUUUAAGAAAAUGGGUAAAGAUUACUUUGAUUACAUCAAUGUUGGAAGCUGGCACAAUGGGGAACUAAAAAUGGAUGAUGAUGAAAUUUGGUCUAAUAAGAAUACCAUCAUUCGAUCGGUCUGCAGUGAGCCUUGUGCCAAAGGACAGAUAAAGGUGAUUCGUAAAGGAGAGGUGAGCUGCUGCUGGACCUGCACACCCUGCAAGGACAAUGAGAUUGUAUUUGAUGAGUACACCUGUAAGGCUUGUGAUCUGGGCUCUUGGCCUACAGACGAUCUCACAGGGUGUGAUCAUAUCCCAGUGGAAUUCCUCAGGUGGAGUGAUCCAGAGCCAAUCGCUGCUGUCGUUUUUGCAUGCCUAGGCCUAAUGGCGACCAUGUUUGUCACAGCAAUAUUUAUCCUAUACAGAGAUACUCCUGUAGUGAAGUCAUCUAGCAGGGAGCUUUGCUAUAUCAUCCUAGCGGGCAUCUGUCUAGGCUACCUGUGCACCUUCUGCCUCAUUGCAAGACCGCAGCGGAUCUACUGCUACCUGCAAAGAAUCGGUAUUGGCCUUUCUCCAGCGAUGAGCUAUUCGGCCCUUGUCACCAAAACAAACCGCAUAGCACGGAUUCUGGCUGGAAGCAAAAAGAAAAUCUGUACCAAGAAGCCAAGGUUCAUGAGCGCCUGCGCCCAGUUGGUUAUUGCAUUUGUCUUAAUCUGCAUCCAGUUAGGUAUCAUCGUUGCGUUAUUCAUCAUGCAGCCCCCGGAUGUCAUUUUCGACUAUCCCAGCAUUCGAGAGGUAUACCUGAUCUGCAAUACCAACAAUCUGGGUGUCGUAACACCGCUCGGUUACAAUGGGCUGUUGAUCCUGAGUUGUACCUUCUACGCAUUCAAGACUAGAAACGUGCCAGCCAAUUUCAAUGAAGCAAAAUACAUUGCUUUCACUAUGUAUACCACCUGCAUUAUUUGGCUGGCCUUUGUGCCAAUCUAUUUUGGAAGUAAUUACAAAAUUGUAACUAUGUGCUUCUCGGUGAGCUUGAGUGCCACGGUAGCAUUGGGCUGCAUGUUUGUGCCAAAGGUUUACAUCAUCCUGGCCAAACCAGAGAGGAACGUCCGAAGCGCGUUCACCACUUCCACCGUGGUGCGCAUGCAUGUGGGUGAUGGGAAGUCAUCUUCAGCAGCCAGCCGCUCUAGUAGCCUGGUCAACCUAUGGAAAAGGAGGGGAUCUUCCGGAGAAACAUUAAGCAUUUCAUUUACUCCUGGGCCCACUCACACGUAUUGUCAGCAGCCAAUUGGAAUCUCUAAUGGAAAAUCUGUAACGUGGGCACAAAAUGAGAAGAGCACUCGGGGUCAGCAUCUUUGGCAGCGUCUCUCUGUUCAUGUCAAGAAAAAGGAUAGUACAAAUCAGACAGCCGUUAUUAAGCCCUUCUCCAAGAGCAGCACAGAGAACAGAUACAUCAGCACGUCCUUCCCGGACUCCAGUUCCAAAAUGCUCUAUGAUGUUUCUGAGGCCGAGGAGCAUUACCCGGUUCAGUACCGACCGCAAACUCCUUCUCCCAUCAGUACUGUGAGCCAGAGGGCUGCUUCGGUGGCUCGGACAGAGGACGACAUCCCUUCGUUUCAUUCGGAAACCGCCCAGCGAAGUGGCUCUUCUCAAGGAUCCCUGAUGGAUCAAAUCAGCAAUGUUGUGACCAGAUUCACGGCCAACAUCAGCGAGCUAAACUCCAUGAUGCUGACGGCAAACACACAAGGAGCCAUGGUGCCCACUCCUCUAUGUUCUUCCUACCUGAUUCCAAGAGAGAUCCAACUUCCCACCGCUAUGACUACCUUUGCAGAGAUCCAGCCAGCCCCUGCUAUUGAAUUUAACGGUGGGUCACUUUCUGCCAGAAAGUCAUCUUCUGACAGCGUCAAAGAUAGUGCUCCAGAAGCACCUGUAGUGAAGCAAGAUGUUGAGGAGUUGGUAGCUUUAACACCUCCUUCUCCUUUUAGAGACUCCAUCGACUCAGACAGCACCUCCCCUAGCUCCCCGGUAUCAGAGUCUGCUCUCUGUACACCAUCCUCUCCCAAAUACGACAAUAUAAUUUUGAGAGACUACUCUCAAAGUUCUUCGUCUUUGUGAAUGUAAACCAAGCUAAUUGGAGAUCAACUGUGACAAUACACAUAUACAUAGGGGGAGGGUGGCACACAUCUCCUUUGGACAGGCGUAUACACGCCCCUUAGUCGGCGACUGAUGCGUGACAAACCCUUCCUUUAAGGUAGCAUCAGACUGAGGGUUCCAUUGUUCCAAUAAGAGCAGUUGUUACAUUAGUGGCCUUACCUAUGGUCUUUUUAAGGAACACUGCUUACAUUCGAGGGCUGUCGAGGAGUCAAACAUAGGUGUAGGAGUCUAUUUUAAGUGCUUUGAUUUAAUUUAAAGUGGGCUGUUUUGACAAAUAAUUGUGAACAGAGUGGAUUGUAAUCAACUGUAAAAAAAUAUUGUCUUGUUUUGCUUUUGAUUCUUUUCCCAGAAGUGAAAGUUUUGUCAAGAAUUGAAGACCAAACAUGAAUGUACGUUUUCUAAAAACACAAAAUAAAAAGACUCAAACAAAAAUAAAUAAAUAUGGGACCAAAAUGGCAGACACAUUUUUCUAUGAAGAAGCUGUGACUUAACAAAAAAAAAUAAGGUCUCACUUCAAAUAAACUCUGAAACGAUCUUGCUAUGUAUCAGAUCUGUGAUACGAAACCAUAGCUACUUUCUGACUGCAGUAAAUGACUGUAAAAAAAACA